UAAAUAAAUAUCUUAAUUUUGAAAUUUACUUUUAACAAUUUUUUUUUAAAAUAUUGACAAAUUAAUUUUUAAAAAUAUUAUAAAUUACAUAAAUUAUUAAUCCUACAAUGAUAAUUUUGUUAUUAGUAAUUUAAAUUUUUUGCUAUAACAUAUACAAAUGAUAAAAAAAACACGAGCAAAAAGCAUCAUUUAAUAAAUAUUAAUAUUAAAAUAUACUAUAUAUAUAUGUUACUAUCAUUUAAAUUUAAUUAUAUACCAUAUCAAAUAGAAAAAAAAUUCUUUUGGAUUAAUAAAAUUUAUUUAUAUGUUUGCACCAACUUAAUUAUAUAGGUAAUAGUUACUGACUUUUUAAUUAUUCAAUAUAUAUUUAUUAUUUCAUAAUAGGUUAGAAACAUAUAAUAUAUAAAAUAAUUUAUAUAUAUAACGAUCUUAACCUAGUGAAUAUUUAUUCCUGAAAUUGAAGUGACCUUUUUGUCAGCCUUUCCAUGUGUGGGAAGGCAUUGUGGUUUGUGGGUCGUUCUCGCCAACAUUAAAAUUUCCAAUUACGGUAAGUCUAAGAAUAAUAUUAGUUGUUGUAGGAUAUAUUCUUUGCAGUACAUCCACACAUCUAACAGAGAAUAUAUUGCUUUUCCUCACACUUCAAAUUUGAAACCUUUUUAAUUUUCUUAUUACCCUUAUUGCAAAAGGACGUUUCGAUUCAGAAACAGAAUAAUGACACUUGAAAUUUCUGUCUUUUUUUAAUCUUUCAGAUGGAGAAACACUGAACAACGAAAGAUGUGCUUUAUUGGUGGACACUGACACUUGAAAUAAAUAAGUUUUUUUUUUUUACACAUUUCCUGAAAUUUCCAGGAAUUAGUUCUAAACAAAACUUAGCCAAGAACCAAAUCAAUGUGUCAUCGUCCUCGAACACGGAAAAGUGAUAAUAAGAUCUUUGAAAUGAUAUUUUUUUAAUUUAAAAACAGUAGUUAAAAAUUAAAAAGAAAAAAUAUUAAAUUCCAACGAAAAUUUCAUGAUGCAAGAGUUUUGUAAUAUUUACAGAAACUAGAGGAAUUUGCCAAAAAAAAAAAAAAAAUUAAAAUUUGAUUUUGAAUUAAAAACAUAAUUUCUUAUUCAGCUAAAUGAAAAAGCAAUCUAAAAGGAUAAUAAAUUGUAAUCACGCUCUUAUUUUUAAACAAAAAACAUGUGAAUAUAUAUUUACGAUUUUAACCUUGUAAAGUCUGAAACUAAAAAAAAUCUAUUUAUUAAGUAAAAUUUAAAUGAAUUUACAACAUAAUUAUAUCUUAUAAUUAAAGUUUAAAAAAAUUAAAAAAAUUUGAUCAAAAAUUAAUUUAGAAAUUCUAAAUAUGAAUGAAUAUCUCUUAUAGUUAAAAGUUUUGAUUAGUAAGUGAAAUUGAGUUCAUGGAUGCACAUGUUGUUAAAACUCUCCCACUUUUGUCUAAUAUCUUUGAAUUUGAAGACAAACUUUAGUUUAAUUUUUUAAUUUAUUUAUCUCGUAUUUUCUCAAAAUAUUAUUUAGUUUUUGUAGGUAUUCUCACAAUGGACCCCUUCUUAAAAAUAAGAUUUAGAUCUAUAGAUUUUAAAUGUGUAUUUUGUGUUUAUAUUUAAAUAAAUUUUUAGAUCCAAACUCUGUACUUGAUUUUCUCUUUUUGAAUUUUUUUUCAGAUUUGAAGUUAUUUCUUUCAUUUUCUUGAUAUAUAAAUUUAUAGAUUUAAAAAUGAUUUGAUACAGUAGAUUUCUGAUGAAUUAUGUUUAAAAUUUAAAGUAUAGUAGACGUCGAAUGAAAGCUACUACACUAUAAAGCAUACUUCAAAUGAAAUCUACCAUAAUGUGAAUGCGAUUUUUUCCCCUUAUUUCCCAUAAUAUUAUCUUUUUAACAUAUCAUAGUUCAUGACUUCCAUCUUCUCCUGCCAAAAAUAUAAGAAGAUCUAUAAAUUUCAAAUUUUUGUUUCAAUAAAAUAAAUUUAUAGUUUCACACUAUUUAAUUUUUUUGUUUUAUCUUAUAUUUCAAAUUUGUAUUUUUAUAUUUUUGUGUUUGCAUUAAAAUUCUAGAUAUUCAGAUUUUCAAAUCUGAAAAUUAUUCGUUAUAGCAUAUUUCAUCAAAAGUCUACUAAUACAUUAUGAUCUAGCCGACUUCAUUUUAGACUUUAUAAUCUUUAUAAUUUUAACCAUUUCUUAAUAUAUGUUUGCAGAUUUCACUAGUAAACGUCAUUAGUAGACUUCAUUUGAGCCAUCAAAGUUAUGAUAACCAGAAAAACUUUACAAGUAUCUUAUGGAAGUGAGAAUUUAGCAUCUAAUUAUUAAGAAUUAUUUAAAAUAUAUAUUUUAACAUACAAUUUGUUUUAUUGUAAAUUAUCAUCAUAAAAUAUUUGUUGGUAAAUUAAUAGUUUGAUGCAUAAUUCUUAGCAUAGUGUUCAUUUUAGUUGGUGAUUCACUUAUUUGAUAUUAUUAAUUUUUGUUAGUAUCAAAAUGAAUACAAUACAUUUCAACACAUUUAUAUCAUGUAUUUUAUGUACUUAGAUGUCUUUCAUCCUCGCAAUAUUUGAAAUAUUUGUUUAGCAGAUAUUCCGAUGGAUAUUUCGAUAAUGUAUGAACAUGUUUUCAUGAAUAAAUAUAAAGUACAAUUUAAUUUUCUUAACUUGCUAAAACUCCAACCAAAAAUUCGAACUAAAUUUAAAAUUCAGAUAAAAAGGAAAAGGGAAAAGCUAAAUUCCCAAUGCCACCACUUGAUACAUUCGACUUCUGUUUAAAUAAUGGCUAGAGAAGAACAUCACCAUAUUGGUUUUUCUUUCUUUCUUUUUCCGAGCGUAGAUAUUCUCUUACAGUCGUAUAAUUAUUAUCAAUUGAAAGUAGAAAUGAAAUAGAGUUUUAUUUUAUUCUUAAAAUAUUUUCCAUGAAUUAUCUUACUACAAGAAUAAUAUCUUAGAUUUAUAAUACAAAUUUAGGUACAACAUUACUGAAUUGCCAUCACGUAAUCCAUUACGUUAUUCUGGAGAUUAUAAAUUUUCAUGUGAAUACUUGCCUCCUUAAAGUUUCAAAAAAAAAAAAAAAAACUUGCCUCCUUCCGAAAUUCUAAGCUUACAUUUUAUUUGGGCCAAACUAGUUUAAUAAACUUGAUACGUCUGCAAAUUUACUCACAUUUUUAGUGGAUGCCAUCUAUGUAGACUUUUAAAAAGGUUGUUGUUUUCGUAAAAGGCCAACUCAUACAUUUUUAGUGGAUGACGUCUUGUGUGUAUGUGUUGGUGUGGGGAUCUAGAAGACGUCAAAUCACAUUCACAAUGGCACUAAUUCUCUUAAAUCCUAUAAGUACAUGUUGUUCUGAUUUUAUGUCUUCAUUAAAUCAGCAUUAACAAAUCCGAUCACCCGGCCCAAAGCAAGCUCAAACUUGUCAAUCCCCACAUCAGCACAUACACACAAUCCUAUCAAACACUAUUUCCUUAUUCUGAAACGUUUAAUCUUUCAAACUUAUUCUUUGUUUCUUCUGAAUUCUUAAAGAAGCAAUCGAGAUGGCCCGGAUUUCAGCAGACCCACUUAUGGUUGGAAGAGUGAUCGGAGACGUUGUGGACAGUUGUUUGCAGGCAGUGAAAAUGACUGUGACUUAUAACUGCGACAAGCAAGUCUACAAUGGCCAUGAACUUUUCCCUUCUGCAGUUACAAACAAACCAAAGGUUGAAGUUCAUGGGGGUGACAUGAGGUCAUUCUUCACUUUGGUCAUGACUGAUCCUGAUGUCCCAGGACCUAGCGAUCCUUAUCUCAGGGAGCAUUUGCACUGGAUUGUUACCGAUAUCCCAGGGACAACCGACGUGACAUUUGGAAAUGAAAUAGUAGGGUACGAGAUGCCUCGGCCAAACAUAGGGAUCCACCGAUUUGUGUACUUGCUUUUCAAGCAGAACCGUAGGGGAAGUGUUGUUUCUGUGCCGUCUUACAGAGACCAGUUCAACACUCGUAUGUUUGCACAUGAUAAUGAUCUCGGUCUACCCGUUGCAGCAGUUUUCUUCAACUGUCAGCGUGAGACCGCCGCUAGACGCCGUUGACUGACUUCCGCCGCCGCCAUACCUAGCUUUAUCCGUUCCCGGACAAUAUCGGUUGUUCCAUCCAUUCUACAUCUUAGUUACGGGAAGCUCUAUAUUAUCAUGUUCAUAUAUGUGUGUAUUGUACUGUUUGUGAUUUGAAUAAUUAAGCUUGUUAUUUCUUGUUAUGGUCUAUUUAAUAUGUUGAUGGAUAUUUUUGGUAUUUUAAUGUAAACAUAUGCAUAAACAUAAUUGAUAUUUUGUAUUAUAGACCUACCCAGUCAUUAAUAUAUGUCAUGGUUCUGUUGCGUCCGCCUAUGCGGCAAAUCGGUGUUAGCCAAAACGAUUUUUUAAAAAAUUGAUUUCUAAGAUUUAAACAUGUUUAAAUCCCGUGGAAAACAUAUAAAAAUGCAUCAUAAACAUAUUUCUUAAAAAUCUUAUUUUGAAAAUGCGUUGAAAACUUGCUUUUCUAUUUUAAAAACUCGUUGAGCAAAUUCUUUUUUUUUUUAAAUUUUGUAUUUUAAAAACAAAUGUAAAACAAAAAAAAACAAAUGUAUUUUUAAAAAUUGCUUUUCUUCUCGGGAUUGCUUUAUAUUGUUGAAAUGACUUAGUCAUAGUGGAGAGCAUCCCUUAUUACAAGAGGCACAUAUGUAUGAAAGUUAAAUAUCGGUUCAGAUUGCAUUUCUUGAGUCGCAAGGAUGUCCACUGGUUUAUUGCUUUCUCGUGAAAUCCAUUGGAAUUUGACUUCUUUGAACUUUUUCUCCAUUGCCACACUUCUCUUACAUAAUUGUAAACCCUGAAAAGCCAUCCCAUUCAUGCCACAUGAGAUCUGGAAUUAAAUGAUCCAUCAUAUAUAGUUACAUUUCAUACAUCCUUGUGGCGGUCUUCUCCAAUUGUUUCUGCGCUGUCUUCUUUGUGUAUUCAAUUAUUCAUAGAUAUUAGGUGGUUCGUAUCAAUAUAAACUUGUGCAGCCUUCCGCUCAUCAUUAUCUGUUUUUUUUUUCAAGUACAGAGUUCUCGUCCAAGGUGUUUGUCGUUUUUGAAACAGUAGCAUGUUCUUAUUCUUCUAAAUUCUCCAAUAGGCUUCAUAUACCCAAUGUUUGAAACUCUUGAAGUAGAUUCGCAUUUUCUGAAAGAAGGGCUCUCAGUUUGUCUUCAUAAGAGGCUGUUGGAACAUGCAAGAUAGUGAGAGGAAUGUUGGAAGCUCUCCAGAGUUUUUGUGCAUAAGAGCAGUCAAAGAAAGCAUGUUGAAUUGUUUCAGUUUGUAGGCAGAUUGGUCAUUUUGACA